GGAUUCCUUUUGAUCUCGGCUGAGGUUGUAAAAAGCUCACCCUGGGUCGCCGGUCACCCAAGAAGGGCAUUAAAUGCCCUAAACGUCAUGACACUCAAAAUGCAUCACACAAGUUCUACAGUAAUUGUGGAGGACAGUUGACUCCGUCUUGCAGUGUGCAAAACAGGAGGGAUGAAGAAAAGACUUCACUGGUAGAGAUGGAACCUGAUGGAGAAUUGACGGUGGAGAGUUCCCCUUUGUCAGGAUCAUUGGUGAAUGAGCAGCCAUCUAGCGAACAAAUGCCUGGGGCGUCUGAAAGCCUUGGGAAGGGCACCUCAGCCUCCCAAAAGCGAAAGAACAGGAAAAGGAACAAGAAGAAGACUUCUCCAGAUAGUGAAUUGCAUAGUUCCUUGUCAAGCUUAAGUUCAGCUCCAUCCAGUCUUGAUUGUUCACUUACUCCAGAUGUGGCUAAUGUGAGAAUUCCAGUAGAAGAAAGUCAACAUUCAGAAACUAAGUCGAUUGACUUAAUGCCAUCCAUUGAGGAUAGUAGUGGCCAGAUUAGAAAUACCUCCUUCCGUGCAGAUCAGGGUCAAGAAUUUGUGAGCAGAACAGAAAUCCAGAAUCAGCUAGUACAAAAUAAGAAAAAUGAUGCAAUAAGUCAACCUGCUGUUACUGCUGUCACGGGGGAGAAGAUGGAGGAGGAUAGUUCCAGAAAGGUUGAUAUAAUUGGUGAACAGAGAGAUACUAGCAAGAAACAAUGUGCCACCAGUUCUGUUGGACCUGGACAACUUUCAGAGAAUAUAACCAAUAUAUCAAAUGAAAGUGUUAUGCAACCUGUUUCUAAGGGAGACACGGACAGCAGAUCUUCAGAUCUCAAUGUUAAUGUUACAUCUACGGAGGGGGAAAAAACAGGAUCGAGCAUUGAAUAUCAAAACUCUGGAAUGAAGAGAUGUUUGCCUAAAUCUGAAGUGAAAAAUAGCAGUUCAACAGAAGUUACGGAAGAGGCCAAGCAACAGAAGAGUGCUAGUUCAAAAGUAAAUUGCUCAAUUUAUAUGUGGUAG